AGUUAAAUGAAAUUUGUGUGAUGACUAUUCUGCCCAAUUUCAAACCUUCCUUUCCUAUCUCCAACUCCUUAUUUAAAUCUCUCACCAUCCCCUUUUAACCAUCGAUACCUUUCGAUCAGCAUCCAAAACAAAAGCAAACAACCAUGGAACUAGAAGUAGCUCAAAUGACAAGAUGGGAAGGUUAUGUUGACUGGAGGAACAAGCCUGCUCUUAGAGGUCGCCAUGGAGGCAUGGUUGCAGCCUCCUUUGUUCUAGUUGUUGAGAUAUUGGAGAAUCUAGCAUAUUUGGCAAAUGCAAGCAAUUUGGUUUUGUAUUUGAAAGAGUAUAUGCAUAUGUCUCCUUCUAAAUCAGCCAACAAUGUCACAAAUUUUAUGGGAACAUCAUUUCUACUUGCUCUACUUGGUGGUUUCUUGUCUGAUGCAUUUCUCACCACUUAUCAUGUCUACUUGAUAAGUGCAGUUAUUGAACUCAUAGGUCUAAUUAUACUAACAAUACAAGCUCAUGUACCUUCACUAAAACCAACAAAAUGUAAUGAAUCCACUCCAUGUGAAGAAGUUAAUGGUGGAAAAGCAGCAAUGUUAUUUGCUGGUCUAUAUCUAGUAGCACUUGGAGUUGGAGGAAUAAAAGGAUCUUUACCAGUUCAUGGUGGUGAACAAUUUGAUGAAGCUACACCAAAUGGAAGGAAGCAAAGAUCAACUUUCUUCAACUACUUUGUUUUUUGUCUAUCAUGUGGUGCCCUUAUUGCAGUUACUUUUGUUGUUUGGGUUGAAGAUAAUAAAGGUUGGGAAUGGGGUUUUGCAAUAUCUACUAUCACUAUAUUUGUGUCUAUUCCAGUGUUCUUGGCUGGUUCAACAACUUACAGGAAUAAGGUACCUUCAGGAAGUCCACUUACAACCAUUUUAAAGGUUCUUAUUGCUGCAACACUUAAUAGUUGCUGCACAAACAAAAACUCUUGCAGUGCAGUUGUAAACAUGUCAUCAAGCCCUUCAAAUCCAAGCACACAAGCAAAAGAACAAGAACUACAUCAAACCCUAAAACCAACCACACCAUCUCAAAUACCAUCAGAAUCUCUAAAAUUUCUCAACAAAGCAAUCACAAACAAACCAAUUCAUUCAUCACUACAAUGCACAAUCCAACAACUAGAAGAUGUCAAACUAGUCUUCAAAAUAUUCCCGAUUUUCGCGUGCACAAUCAUGCUCAACGCUUGCUUAGCUCAACUCUCCACAUUCUCAGUCGAACAAGCCGCGACAAUGAACACAACCCUCUUCUCCUCCUUCAAAGUUCCGCCUGCUUCAUUACCGGUUUUCCCGGUACUCUUCCUCAUGAUCCUAGCACCAAUAUAUGAUCACAUUAUAAUCCCUUAUGCAAGAAAAGUUACAAAAUCAGAAGCAGGAAUAACUCAUCUCCAAAGAAUUGGAAUUGGGCUAAUACUCUCUAUAGUUGCAAUGGCUAUAGCUGCAAUUGUUGAAAUCAAAAGACAAAAAAUAGCAUCACACUCAAAUGAAAAAAAUCCAUUACCUAUUUCAUUUCUUUGGAUAGGUUUUCAGUAUUUAUUUCUUGGUUCAGCUGAUCUUUUCACAUUGGCUGGAUUACUGGAAUUUUUCUUCUCAGAAGCACCUUCAAGUAUGAGAUCAUUAGCAACAUCACUUUCUUGGGCUUCUUUGGCAAUGGGAUAUUACCUUAGUUCAGUGAUUGUUUCUAUAGUAAACAGUGUUACUGGUAAUGGUAGUCAUAAACCAUGGUUAAGUGGGUCAAAUCUUGAUAACUAUCAUUUGGAGAGAUUCUAUUGGUUAAUGUGUGUGCUUAGUGGGUUGAAUUUUCUUCAUUAUAUGUAUUGGGCUACUAGGUACAAAUAUAGAGGGAGAGGAAAUAUUGAUGAAUCAUGAAGUAAAUGGAAAAAAUUGAAAAUGGCAUGUAUAUGAAGAAUUGAGCACUUGGUAAGUGUUCAUAGAUGACAUUUUUGGCAAGGCAAUGUUAAUUAAGAAGCAAUAGAGUGCAUCAACAUUGACUCCAAUAGAAUUUAAUUGGUGUACACUGUUAAUGUAAAAAGUUAUACAGAUGCAUCCAAUAACAUCUCGUUAUCGUGACACUUUACUAUGUUA